UGAGUCUUCUUGCUUCUGGCACACCCAGGAGGAAGAUGACCAGUCUAGCUAGGGUUCCUUCCUUGCUGUAAUAAGUUAUGCUGCCAAGGCCAAGGUGCAAAGGUGUGCCAUGGAAUUCCAAGACAAGGAGACAAGGGAGUCAGUCGUGGCGAGCCAAGCUCGCUCCUUUUUAGCUCCUCCUCGGCAGGCCUGACCUCAGAAAAGUCGGCUUCCCCUCCCUCCAUCUGCCCUUUUUUGAUCCCACCACAACCCCCAUCUUGUUCUUCUCUUUAGAUUUCCCUCAGACAAGAAGCGCGUGCUCUCUUUCCUAGCAAACGUCAGCCACUUGUCGCCAUGCUUGUUGGGACCUUAACCUGCACUCCCUUGCUCCGUGCAGCAUCCAAUACUAAAGCUUAUCCGUCACAUAGAGUAAAUAUUUCUCAAUGCUCUGUAACAGGCUAUAUGUAGAUCAUCAUUAAGAUGGUAGCUGGCAAACCUCUAGCUGCAAUUUUGUCUCGUAACUUACAGAGUGUAGGAAAUACAUGAACACUUGAGAGGAGAGAGAUUGUUUUUGGGAUCCAAAACCUAAUGAUCCUUUAUAUAUUUAUUUCAAUUCUUGAUGUAAUUAAUAUCUCGUACUCCAGCCGGCAAUCAAAAUGCUCCUUAGGUACCCCACGAGGCAUUAUCCAAAAUAAAAUGCUCAGAAAUAUUCUCCAAGAAGGAGGCAAAACCGAACUUGAAGUUUAGGUACAUCCAAGUUCUCGUGCCAGAAGUCAUGAUUCAUCAAAUAGAAGGACCAACCUGUGAAGACAAUGAGUACUUUUCUUUUUGUUGUUGGGUUGCUGUUGUCCACCUGCCUGCUGCUACUCCACAGUUCACCUUACAACCAUGUCAAUCGUCAAGGAGUCCUCUCUCGUUCUGCACCACACUUUCCUUCCUUCCAUCUUAUAUUAUGUAUUGAGCUAUGAUUUUAUUUUUCUGGACUUAGAGAGUACGUGGUGCAGACGAAUGAUUUCCACCAUUCACAUUCAUGGGACAGCAUCAUAGCAGGAACUACUGCAUGUCCCUGGCUUCCUUCAGACUUCCGUGCACUCCUGACUCCCACAACUUCCUCUUGAUUUCAGGAAACCACAUGCCAAAGAUUGUUAAGUCCACAUCCUUUGUAGGAUGGAGAAGCACGAGUUCAUCGAAGAGCUUCCUUUUUAUAGCGUUAUCCUUGUUUACGUCUUGUUAAAGUGUUGACGAAUUCGAUGCAGACGAUGGAAUCGUGUGUUCCUCCAGGGUUCAGGUUCCAUCCCACAGACGAGGAGCUCGUUGGCUAUUACCUUAAGAAGAAGGUGGCUUCUCAAAAGAUAGACCUGGAUGUUAUCAGAGACAUUGAUCUCUACAGAAUCGAGCCAUGGGAUCUCCAAGAACGGUGUCGGAUCGGAUACGAAGAACAAAGUGAGUGGUACUUCUUCAGCCACAAGGACAAGAAGUAUCCAACCGGUACAAGGACGAACAGGGCAACGAUGGCCGGGUUCUGGAAGGCAACCGGGAGAGACAAGGCGGUGCACGACAAGAACAAGCUCAUCGGCAUGAGAAAGACCCUCGUCUUCUACAAAGGAAGGGCACCAAACGGGCAGAAGACGGACUGGAUCAUGCAUGAGUACAGACUCGAAUCCGAAGAGAACGGACCACAACAGGAAGAAGGAUGGGUUGUAUGCCGCGCAUUCAAGAAACGAGCCACCUCCCCCACAAGGAUCUUAGCCGACGUUUGGAGCUGCAGCUACGGCUACGACUACGUCGGCAGGAUGAACUCCAUGAUCGAUCCGAUGAUACGUCUCCAGAAGCAACCCGUAACUCUUCAGUGCAAGCAAGAGACAGAGUCUGACGAACUGCGUUACUUAAACUCCAACCAAUUUGUGAAGCUCCCUCAGCUCGAGAGCCCAUCCCUGACACCGGCGACUCGACCGAGCUCGAAGAUGACGGUGUUGGAGGAAGAGGAUGAGGAGCAAGCGAGGACGCCGAAUGGCAUGGAGAUUGUGACCGAUUGGAGGGCGCUCGACAAGUUCGUGGCUUCCCAGUUGGGCCAAGAUGGCAGUAGUUCCGUGGGCGCACAGGUCGUCUCAGAUUUUGUCGGAGAUAAUGACUCGGAGAUGGCGCUGCUGUUGCUCCAGAGUGAGACGGAGGAAGUGGGAAAGUUCAACGAGUUCCGUAGCUCAGGUGGGUCGAACUGUGAAACAGGCAUCUGUAUAUUCGAGCAGUGAGUCUAUGGAAUGUAUUAUGGUUUGAUGACUUGAUCACGACUGUCAU